AACCAGGUAAGGUAAUACGUACGAGUUUCUGGGAUGAACACAAGGAUGUGUUCUCAAAUGCAGAUAGUGGUUUUGGUUGUGUUCCUUGUUCUAGUGAGUGGAGUCAGAGCAGCUCCCAGAUACGACCUACUGGAUCAUAUGCUCCAAAACAAGGGAAAUGAGGAGGACCUUCUACUUAAGCUUCUUUCUGAGCUGGAGAUUCCAGAUGAGAAUGACAACCUUUCUGAUAAUGACAUGGAACUGAACCGCAUUCUACGCCAUCUGCCCAUAACCCAGCGGGAACGGAAAGCUGGCUGCAGGAACUUCUUCUGGAAGACAUUCACCUCCUGUUAGCCACUCUGCAGUUUUGGUUACAUGGUGGUUUUAUUGUUAAAACAAUGUUUUCGCUUUAGCUUAUGCUGUUUAUUCAACCCUAAUGCUUGGUGGAGUCUGAUUUCUGUAGAGCUGGAUCUGGAGCU